CGGACCGUAAAAGGCGCAUCAAAUAAAGUGCAUUACAAUCUCAUCUUUUAAUAUCUACGCAAGGGUUUCCUCUCUCUAAAUUCUCUCCUUGAAAUUCUCCUUCGAUCUUUCUCUUUGCAUCAAGCUAAUUUAGCAAAAAUGGCAAAUGCAGCUUCUGGUAUGGCUGUGGAUGAUGAGUGCAAGUUGAAGUUUAUGGAACUGAAGACAAAAAGGACAUACCGAUAUAUAAUUUACAAGAUCGAGGAGAAACUGAAACAAGUUAUAGUGGAAAAGGUUGGUGUUCCCGAUCAAAGCUACGAAGACUUCACUGCCUGUCUUCCUGAAAAUGAGUGUCGUUAUACAGUCUUUGAUUUCGAUUUCAUGACUCCUGAGAAUGUCCCAAAAAGCAGGAUCUUCUUCAUUGCAUGGUCACCUGAUACAGCAAGGGUGAGAAACAAGAUGAUUUACGCCAGCUCAAAGGACAGAUUUAAGAGGGAACUUGAUGGAAUUCAGAUAGAACUGCAAGCUACGGAUCCAACUGAGAUGGGUCUUGAUGUGAUUAAGGGCCGUGUCAUCUGAAGAUAUGCUUAAGCUCCUCCUCUUCCUCCUCCUCCUCGUCCCCACUGUAAGGUGUUCAUUCAUGUCUAUAGUUAAUAGAGGAUGGUAAAACUUGGGUAGAGGUCAUAAUCUCUUAUUCAUUAUUGUUCAAGGUGUUGUUACUGUUAUGUUAUAUUUUAUUUUGGGAGAAUGAUUGCUGUUUUUUUGUUUGUUUUUGUUUGUUCCAGAAUGUUAUGCUUAUUAUUUGUAGAACUGAUUACAAACAUCACUUGUAAUUGGUCGGUUUCUUUGUCUACAUGCUACUUUUAUAUGAGUUUGGUGUGGGGUGGUAUAUGUAUGAGAUUCUAUUGGAAAUGAAUUCUAAUUUUAACAUAUUAUCUCAAUUGAA